AUGUAGUAUCAUCAUACUAUGAAUAGAAUUAAACUUUGAUUAUUUAAAAAAACAAAAGAGUGAUCAAACCUGAACAAUAGCAGAAACACAGACACCUUUUAUGAUUUCCACAGUCAACACACAAUAGUUAUGAUCACGAGAUUUGAAAGUAGUUGGUGAAUCCAAUUUGUGCUUCUCCUUCCCUUCAAUUACCUCCACUCUUCACUGCACCAUGGCGUCUUUGUUGCGAGCGAGAAACGCCUCUCGAGGCACUAUGGCUAGUCUUCUGCGGAGCUUCAGCAACGUUCCCGAGAACACCGUCUAUUCGGGUCCCACGGCGCAGACCCCGAACAAGCGAGUCACGCUCAGGCAUUUGAGCGAGAAGCACCGAUCAUCCCAACCUAUCACCAUGGUCACUGCCUACGAUUACCCUGCCGCCGUCCACCUCGACACCGCCGCCGUCGACAUCUGUCUCGUUGGCGACUCCGCCGCCAUGGUGGUCCACGGCCAUGACACCACGCUCCCCAUCACGCUCGACGAGAUGCUUGUCCACUGCCGCGCCGUGGCACGUGGCGCCAGGACGCCGCUCCUCGUCGGGGAUUUGCCUUUCGGGACCUACGAGUCCGAUCCCAAUCAGGCGGUGGAUACAGCGGUUAGGAUUCUGAAGGAGGGGGGAAUGGAUGCAAUAAAACUUGAAGGAGGGUCUCCUUCAAGAAUUGUUGCAGCGAAGGCUAUUGUUGAGGCUGGAAUUGCUGUGAUGGGCCAUGUGGGUCUUACUCCUCAGGCCAUUAGUGUUUUAGGAGGGUUUAGACCUCAAGGAAGAAAUGUUAGCAGUGCUGUCAAGGUUGUAGAGACUGCAUUGGCUCUGCAAGAAGCAGGGUGUUUUUCUGUUGUUCUGGAAUGUGUGCCUCCACCUGUUGCCGCCGCAGCAACGGCAGCCCUUCAAAUUCCUACAAUUGGAAUUGGUGCUGGACCCUUUUGUAGUGGACAGGUGCUGGUUUACCACGAUCUGCUUGGUAUGCUACAACACCCCCACCAUGCAAAGGUUACUCCAAAAUUCUGUAAGCAGUAUGCACGUGUAGGAGACGUCAUCAAUAAAGCCUUACUGGAGUAUAAGGAAGAUGUUACAAAUGGUUCGUUUCCUGAUGCUCUCCAUAGCCCGUACAAAAUAAGUAAGAAAGAUGCAGAUGUUUUUUCAAGUGAGUUGCAGAGGUUAGGUUUGGACAAGGCAGCAUCUGCAGCAUCUGAAGCAGUUCAGAAGAUGGAUACGGCUUAAAUGACAUAAUUAAAAUCACUUAAAUUACUUUUUUUUUUUCUUUUUAUCCUUUUGUUGAUCAAGGUCAAUGCAAAAUGUCUUGAUAUUUCAUAAACGUUAUUUUUUGUUGUCCAAUAUCAUAUGGAAUUUCUACAAUGCACCCCUAUUUUGAAGCAGUUUAAUAGAGCAAACCAUGGGAAACUAGAUUUUUUUUUUUAA